AUGAUAGCAAGUGUGAAACAAAAGGUAAAGAAAGUUUACCGUGGUGACGACAUACAGUUGUGGCACAAGCCUGCGGAAGUUUCUACAGCACAAGAGGAAUUGUGGCAUGAGUUUAACGAACCUUGUUGGUGUGAGUAUUUUGAACGUAAAGAAGCAGAAGAAGUCAUGCUGAAGGAAUCCGAUGAAUCGGAAAAAGGGAAGCAACAGGCUGAGGAAGGUGGUUCCGGUGAUGAUGGGGAAUCAAGUGCAAAAGAAGCAACAGUAGAAAGCUGUGAAUCUGAAAAAAGGAAAAGCAAAAAAUUACUACUUUUCAACAAAUGA